AUGAGGUUAUGCUCUUCGUUAUUGUCACAGAACCUCAAGAGCCGAUUGGUGGUCCGACCAUCCACCACUAUACAUGCAAGUGAUCCGUUUUCAAACUUCAUUGUAACUAGAGAUACUGAGCCACUCUCACUAGACAAUCUUCAAAGAGGUGAUUCAGUUAAUCGUGCAGUGGUAUUUUCUUUCAAGAAUACUGCGCUUAGCAAGGUCACAGACUUACAGAAGAAACAAGAUAUGAAAUGGGAUCCAGUGAAAUAUGUUGCUGGUAAACUUCGAGGGAUAAUUUCUCCCAUUCAAGCAUACAUAUCCAUUAGCAAAAGAUUCUCUUCUCAUUCAUUGGUGUACGAUAGCAGAUUUUUUCAGUUACAUUAUUUUCCAGAGGAUCAUUUCAUCUCUUGUUUUAGGAAAAGCAAACCUUCCAUUACAGUUAAAUCAACAAAAAAGUUUUAUUUGAAUGGUAAGGUACUGAAUCAAAAUCACCAGUAUUACAACGAAUCUAGAAUAUUGAAAACCGAUGAAGCGGAAUUGACCAAAAUUCAGACCACAAUGGCACGAUUGGCAUCUAAACAUAGGAACAAUAUUCCUUCAGAAUUUGCAUACUUGAGGAGAGAUUUGAAAUUGAAGGUGAAAACGCCGUUUAUCGAAGAAUGGUGUAGACUAAAUGGCGAUAAGGCUAUUCGGGAACGUAAUCGGUCUGAGUCUAGGAAUGCCGUUGAGAGCAAAGCAAAGAAAAGUCUACUGGACAAGUUUGGUAGAAGUACUGUUGGCACAGCAAAAGAUGGAUAUUAUUUGUACAUUGUAAGGAUAUUUCCUGAUGUAGACACUCUGGACGAGUUUAACAAGGAAAUCAAUAAAAGCGUCCAGAAGGUUGCAGAUUUGAAUUGGGAUAAAUUUUUGAUCCCAAAAAAAGGUCCCAAAGGCAAAACUUGGGUGGAAGCAUUCAACGACAGUAUAAACGUAAACACAAUCAACAGGAUACUCAAGAUUAGUAAGUUCCCUUUUGAGUUAAGAAGAGAGCAAUCUAGAGAUCAGUAA